UCCUCACUUGUCCAACAGGUUUCCUUGAUUGACUUGAGCAGAUGCUCGUUUCUCCGUCGAACCAGCGUGCUGUUCUGGGACUGCAUCGCUCCUGGUGUUGGCUCCUCCCACUGUAGCCUCCACUUCCUUUUUUUCCUCCAGGGUGAUGUUUGUCACACAAUGUAGGCUUCAGAUGAGAUAAUGUGGUGAGGAAACAUUCUCUCCCACCAGCCUGCCCUUCUGUGUGUGAGUGAGUGAGUACGUGCGCAAGCUCACACAGUGUAAUUCCUGAGCGGGGCCAUAGCGGCGACAUUGCCUGAUGGCACACGCUUGCACAUGUUACAGCGCUGUGUCUGUACCCCCAACCCCACCCCCAUCCCAGCAUGCCCCUCACUCGCAGCGUCUCGGUGACGUCCCUCUCGGGCCUCGAUGAGUGGGACGAGGAGUUUGACCUGGAGGAUGCCGUGCUCUUUGAGAUCGCCUGGGAGGUGGCCAAUAAAGUGGGCGGGAUUUACACCGUGAUUCAGACCAAGGCGCGUCUCACCUCCGAGGAGUGGGGCGAGAACUACUUCCUGGUAGGACCGUACACGGAAAGCAACGUGCGCACGCAGGUGGAGCUGAUAGAGCCGACCAAUGGGGUGCUGCGGAGGACCAUCGACAAGAUGAACGCGAGUGGAUGUAAGGUGUACUUCGGUCGCUGGCUAAUCGAGGGCAGUCCCUACGUGGUGCUCAUCGACGUGGGCUUCACCGCUUGGUCGCUGGACCGCUGGAAGAGUGAGCUGUGGGAGAGCUGCGCCAUCGGGGUGCCGUGGUUCGACCGCGAGGCCAACGACGCCGUGCUCUUCGGCUUCCUCACCGCCUGGCUACUCGGGGAGUUUGCGGCACAGUGCGACGAGCCCCCCUGCAUCCUGGCGCACUUCCACGAGUGGCUCGCGGGGCUCGGCCUCGUUCUCUGCCGCAAUAGACGUCUCCCGGUGGCGACCAUCUUCACAACCCACGCCACCCUGCUGGGGCGCUACCUGUGCGCCGGCAACGUGGACUUCUACAACAACUUGAGUCAGUUCAACGUGGACAAGGAGGCCGGCGACCGGCAGAUCUACCACCGGUACUGCAUUGAGCGCGCGGCGGCCCACUGCACCCAUGUCUUCACCACCGUCUCCCAGAUCACCGCCAUCGAGGCCGAGCACCUGCUCAAGAGGAAGCCAGACCUCGUCACCCCCAACGGGCUCAACGUGAAGAAGUUCUCUGCGAUGCACGAGUUCCAGAACCUUCACGCCCAGAGCAAGGCGCGCAUCCAGGAGUUUGUCCGCGGCCACUUCUACGGGCACUUGGACUUCAACCUGGACAAGUGUCUCUUCUUCUUCAUCGCCGGAAGAUACGAGUUCUGCAACAAGGGUGCCGACAUCUUCUUGGAGGCUCUCGCGCGCCUCAACUACCUGCUGAGGGUGAACCACAGCGAAGUGACCGUUGUGGCCUUCUUCAUCAUGCCCGCCCGCACCAACAACUUCAAUGUGGAGACGCUCAAGGGCCAGGCGGUCAGGAAACAGCUCUGGGACACGGCACAUGCGGUCAAGGAGAAGUUUGGGAAGAAGCUGUAUGAGUCGCUGCUGGUGGGGCAGCUGCCCGACGUGUCCAAGAUGCUGGACAAGGAGGACUUCACCAUGAUGAAGAGAGCCAUCUUCAGCACGCAGCGCCACAGCCAGCCACCCGUGUGCACCCACAACAUGCUGGAGGACAGCAGCGACCCUAUCCUUACCUGCAUCCGCCGCAUCGGCCUCUUCAACGGCUCCGCCGACCGCGUCAAGGUGAUCUUCCACCCGGAGUUCCUGUCCUCAACGUCCCCCCUGCUGCCCAUGGACUACGAGGAGUUUGUGCGCGGUUGCCACCUGGGCGUCUUCCCCUCCUACUACGAGCCCUGGGGCUACACGCCAGCCGAGUGCACGGUCAUGGGGAUUCCCUCCGUUUCCACCAACCUGUCCGGCUUUGGCUGCUUCAUGGAGGAGCACAUCGCCGACCCGUCGGCCUACGGAAUCUACAUCCUGGACCGGCGCUUUCGCAGCAUCGACGAGUCAUGCCACCAGCUCACCUCCUUCCUCUUCCAGUUCUGCCAGCAGAGUCGGCGCCAGCGCAUCAUCCAGCGGAACCGCACUGAGCGCCUCAGCGACCUGCUUGACUGGCGCUACCUGGGCCGGUACUACAUCUCAGCACGCCACAUGGCCCUGGCCAAGGCCUUUCCAGACACCUACUGCUACGAGCCUCAGGAGCCGCCCUCCACCCAGGGCUUCCGCUACCCUCGUCCCGCCUCGGUGCCGCCCUCCCCCGCCCUGUCGCGCCACUCCUCCCCCCACCACAGCGAGGCCGAAGACGAGGAUGACGAGAGAUAUGACGAGGAUCUGGAGGCCGAGAAGGACCGCCAGAACAUCCGCCAGCCUUUCUCUCUGCCGCUCAGGAACAAGGGCGCACUGCCGUACUCCAUGGCCGCCUCCGAGGGCGAUGGCAGCCCUGCCCCCUCCCCGCCCAGCUCCAUCCCCUCCCCUCCCAGCUCCAUCACAUCUCCUUCGGACUCCAUGUGUAGUGAGAAGAACUGAGCAGUUUAUUUCCUCCAUCACAUUCUUCUUUUUCUUUCUUUCUCUCUCUCACACACACACACACACAUGCGUAAUUCACUCGGUACACAUUGGGUGAGUCUGUAACACUUCCCCUUCACACACCAGUCAAUCACUGUGCGUGUAGUUGUGACACUCCCUGCGUGCACACCCACAAGGGACAACCUAAACACUCCGCACGCGCGCGCGCACACACACUCCAUGCACACACAUGCUGAGAGACAGUGUUCUACAGUAUUAACGGUGAGAUACAGCUGAACUGUGACUUCAGAGAGACGUGAACAAGCCUGACACACACACACACACACACAGGGCAUGAAAGAGAGGCAAGGAACUUUAACCAUAUGACGAGGUCACAGUGGAGUAACUCUCUGGUCACAGAGAAACUAACCCUGGCUGAACACUGACAGUGGCCUGUCUUCCUCAUGCUUCUGGCUCUCACCUUUCCUUCAGGAACACUCCUGUGUGUGUGUGUGUGUGUGUGUGUGUGUGUGUGUGUGUGUGUGCGUGUGUACACACAGGUGUGGAGUGUCACUUAGCUGCCCAGCCUUCUCUUUAUACAGUGGGAAGGUGUGUCAGUGAGCUGUGUGUGACAUCAGGAAUAGACACCAAGAGAGCACAGAGACGAAGGUCCUUUGUCAGACUCUUCCUGUCCUGUUGACGCGAUGCCACGCCACAUGGUACACAUGACUGAGAAGACACACACAGAGCCUUGUUGCUGCAGCACACAGCGAGUGUGACGACAUGGUGGACACGUUAUACACACACGCACACAGUGCUGCGGAAGUAGCGCAAAAUAAAGGUCCUACAUGAACGGA